AUGGAAGACGAAGUGAUGGUUGACAUCAAAACUAUGAUCGGAGAUAGUGGAUAUGGUUAUGUGUCACCAGACUGUUGUAUCUCUAGAGUGAUUCAUACAGCACGUGAUAUAAAACCAAAUGCUUACACUCCAAAGUUUGUUUCUAUUGGUCCCUUUCAUUACGGUAAUGAGAGGCUGCAAGAAAUGGAAAGGCACAAACGAGCUUUUCUCAAAAGAUUUACUCAAAGAAGCAGCACAAAGUUGGAUGUUAUUAUUAAUUUUGUCAGAAGUUCAGUAACGAAAGUGCGCGCUUCUUAUUCAGAGAACAUCAACCUUAGUGACAAGGAACUUGUGAAGUUAAUAUUAUUGGAUGCUGCUUUCAUCAUUGAAGUUCUCUUCAUUACGUAUUAUGAGCCGAAGAUAAUAUUGAAUGAUGCUAAACUGUCACAGCAACCAUUAAGUGGAAUUCUACCUCUAGAUUUAGUUUUUUUUGAGAACCAACUACCAUUCUCUGUUUUGGAAGAGCUAUUCAAUAUAGCAUUUCCCCCUAACCUUCGUGAUGAUGAAUCACUUUUUUUAAGCUUGCUUCUUGGUACUUGA